GCCUAUGAUCGUGCCGUAGUAGGAAAACACAUAGAGCGACACUGUGUUACACCGUGUCAACUGUGUUGCUGGGAAGCACCACAGCAAUUAGUGAUCGCAACCGGAAAUAGUACUUUGUAACUAGUAGUCGCCGAUAGUCGCCAUCUUUCGCAACUAGUGACGGGAGUUUGCAGCGCAUUGUAGAAUGGCAACCAAAUAUAAAUUAUGAAAACAUUUCCCUUCUGAUAAAAUGCUAUCUAGUUUUUGGAAAAUAAUGAUCGAAUUAAUUUAAUUAAUUAACUUGUCCAAAAAUUGAUAAAAGCGAUCCUAAUGUUCUAGAACGUGAUCUAUGAUGCGAGCGUUGGAAAAAUGAGAAAAGCGAGUGUAGGAAGUGUACUACGACGUCAUAACCCAGACCAAAGCCCACUGCAAUCGAAAGCGUUAUUAAUUUUGAACAUUUUUACGAAUAAUAGAUUGCGAAUUACCGAUUACAUAUAGCAGCCACGGAAAGCCGAACAUAUCCGAAUGCUUACGAAAACAAUCGAAAAUCAGAUGAAUGCCUCUCUUACAAUAAUUAUCAGCUACUUCUCGUGCAAAAGCUCGGUCUACGUAUUUCAUAUCUAUAGUUUGUACCCUGUGAUAACUCGACUUGAAUUUGUAAGUUCAUGAACGGUUGAGGUAUACUCGGGGUAUAUAUUCGUGUCGUGAUGUGACAAUCACCACGGAAAACCGUCAAAAUGAGAGCACCCUCAUGAUAGCUCGCAGUGCAAUGCGCAAGUGUGCGAUAGCGUUUUAACUACGACAGAAAGCGUAAACAGUAAGCAUCGAUGUUCGGAUGUUAUGCCAUGUUAUUCGAUAGGACAAUCGCACUGAUGCUAUAACGCUACGUCAAGUCAGAAUCGCGUUCGCGCGAGCACAGCUUUCUGACAAUUCUCCUUUUCUCUUUUUCUCAUUGAUAUUGCCUGGCGGUUACGAGGAAAGCGAACGAAAGGAGAUCACAACAUUAGGGGAUCUGCAGGCACAUUUGAGACCUGCAGUGGUUGGUGAAUGGUGUUGCAGAUAGAUUCCGUGUGGGGCUGGGCGUCACCCCCAUUGCGCCUCCAGCUAGCUGGGGGGACCAGGGGCGCCUCGGGGAGAGUGGCUACAGGUGCCCCAUCCUCGCAGAGGAUGGGUGAAAUAGUUGUAGAACGUGCACCAUCCCCGGCACGUCUUAGUCAUACCUCUGAGAAGCAUCCUCGUGCAACACUAACUGAGCUUAAUGUUCUUCGCCGUCAUCGGGAACUGUGCGAUGUUGUUCUCAAUGUUGGUUCCAGAAAAAUAUUCGCGCAUCGUGUCAUCCUUUCAGCAUGUAGUCCAUAUUUCAGGGCAAUGUUUACUGGGGAGCUGGCGGAAUCUAGACAGACUGAAGUAACGAUACGUGACAUAGAUGAAAUGGCUAUGGAGUUACUUAUAGACUUUUGUUAUACUUCUCACAUUAUUGUCGAAGAAGCAAAUGUUCAAACUCUCCUUCCAGCAGCGUGCCUUCUUCAAUUAGCAGAAAUUCAAGAUAUAUGUUGCGAAUUUCUCAAACGCCAAUUAGAUCCAUCAAAUUGCUUGGGUAUCCGAGCAUUCGCAGAUACCCAUUCGUGCCGCGAACUUUUGCGUAUCGCUGAUAAAUUUACUCAACAUAAUUUCCAAGAGGUAAUGGAGAGCGAGGAAUUUUUGUUAUUACCCGUCAGCCAACUAGUAGACAUUAUUUCAUCAGAUGAGUUAAAUGUACGUACGGAAGAGCAGGUUUUUAGCGCCGUGAUGAAUUGGGUAAAAUAUAAUGUCACGGAAAGGCGACAACAUCUGGCUCAAGUUCUACAACAUGUUCGACUGCCGUUACUUAGUCCAAAAUUUUUAGUUGGUACUGUCGGAUCGGAUCUGUUGGUUCGUUCUGACGACGCUUGCAGAGAUCUUGUGGAUGAAGCGAAGAAUUAUUUACUUUUGCCACAAGAGAGACCAUUGAUGCAGGGACCUAGAACGAGACCCAGGAAACCCACGAGACGAGGAGAGGUAUUGUUUGCCGUUGGUGGGUGGUGUUCGGGUGACGCUAUCGCUAGUGUCGAGAGAUUUGAUCCUAACACUGCUGAUUGGAAAAUGGUUGCGCCGAUGAGCAAACGGAGAUGUGGAGUAGGUGUAGCAGUGUUAAAUGAUUUAUUAUACGCGGUUGGCGGACACGAUGGACAAAGCUAUUUGAAUAGUAUCGAGCGAUAUGAUCCACAAACAAAUCAGUGGUCUUGCGAUGUUGCUCCUACUACUUCCUGCAGGACUAGUGUAGGUGUAGCUGUGCUGGAUGGAUUUCUAUAUGCGGUUGGUGGUCAGGAUGGAGUACAAUGCCUUAAUCAUGUGGAAAGAUAUGAUCCAAAAGAAAAUAAAUGGUCUAAAGUGUCGCCAAUGACUACUAGAAGAUUGGGAGUAGCGGUUGCUGUGCUUGGAGGUUAUUUAUAUGCCAUCGGCGGGUCUGAUGGACAGUCACCUCUCAAUACGGUAGAAAGAUACGAUCCAAGACAGAACAAAUGGUCUCAAGUAUCCCCAAUGUCUACAAGACGUAAACAUCUAGGCUGUGCUGUAUUUAAUAAUCUAAUUUAUGCUGUGGGAGGACGAGACGAUUGUAUGGAACUCUCCAGUGCAGAACGUUAUAAUCCCCAUACAAAUUCUUGGAGUCCUAUAGUAGCGAUGACAUCUAGGAGAAGUGGAGUAGGUCUAGCAGUAGUAAACGGUCAGUUAUAUGCUGUAGGUGGAUUUGAUGGAACCGCGUAUCUGAAGACAAUUGAAGUAUACGAUCCAGAACAAAAUCAAUGGAAGCUCUGUGGUUGCAUGAAUUAUAGGAGGCUUGGCGGAGGCGUGGGAGUGAUGCGAGCUCCACAAACUGAAAAUUACAUUUGGUAGCUCAGGCCCCCCUCUUCAGCUCAAAUGGCUGAAACUUCUCUAACUCCUCUUACACCGGUGACGCCAGUUACACCCGUAACCCCUCCCGCUCCCGUAUCAGCGCCUAUUAUAACUAAUACUAGAAAACGUUACCGCCGAUCUAUGAGCAUUAUAUAAUCAAUGUGCAUUUUGUGUAAGUGUAAAGACUUUGCCUUUCUUUGAAAUUCCAUGAGAGUAUCCUACUCUGAUCUUUAAUAUUUAAUUUAUUAACGAUUUUUUCAAAUAUGUUUCCUCGUUCAAUUUAGUGCACAGAUCAUGUUAUAAAUUGCGCUAAAAAGAAAAAAGAUGCGACUAUUCUACCGCUUUACUGCCAUUAUUUUAUAUUUUUAUUAUAUAA